AUGGAUCCCAAGCAGCUGGUCCUCGUUGUUCUUCUGCUUGCGCAGUCCACCACCCACUCUCACUCUGCCCCCACGCCGACGCACACGAGCACCAGCACCUAUGUCGUCCAGAUAGAUCGGGUUUCCAUGCCCGCCGAGUUCGCCACCCUUGACCGAUGGUACAGCUCCAUCGUAGCCACCCACGCACCAGACUCGCCAGGCCACAUCCUGCACACCUAUGACACGGUGAUGCACGGCUUCGCCGUUCGUCUCACCGCCGACGAGGCCCGGCGCCUCUCCCUUGUUCCCGGCGUAUCUGGCGUGUACAAGGAUCGGGUGCACCGCACCCACACCACCAGGUCACCAGGGUUUCUCGGCCUCGACCCGUCGUACGGGGCCUGGCCGGACUCGGACUUCGGCGACGGGAUCAUCAUCGGCAUCGUCGACUCCGGGAUAUGGCCGGAGCGCGCCAGCUUCAACGACACCGGCCUCGGCCCCGUCCGGUCGACCUGGAAGGGCAAGUGCGAGCACGCCGAGGGCUUCAACGGCAGCAGCUUGUGUAACAACAAGCUCGUCGGCGCCAGGGCCUUCACCGCCGAAAUCGACGGCGCCCUCACGCCUCGAGAUCACUCCGGGCACGGAACGCACGUAUCCUCCACGGCCGCCGGCUCCGAGGUCCAGGGCGCCAACCUCCUCAACUUUUCCGCCGGCAACGCCUUUGGCAUGGCGCCCAAAGCACGCAUCGCCAUGUACAAGGCCUGCAACUCCAUCUGCGAAGAUUCAGCGAUCGUGGCGGCUAUCGACGCCGCCGUGAGUGACGGCGUCGAUAUACUCUCCCUCUCCCUCGGCACAAGCAACAACGUGCCCUUUCCCGACGACGCCAUGGCCGUCGCCCUGUUCGGCGCGGACCGGCAUGGCGUAUUCGUCGUCCUGUCGGGCGGCAACGCGGGGCCGGCUGCCUCCAGCGUCACAAACGUCGCGCCCUGGAUGACCACGGUCGGCGCCACCACCCAGGAUCGGGUAUUCCCGGCCAAGCUGAGGCUCGGGAACGGCGUCGUCCUCACCGGGCAGUCGCUCUUCGACCUCAAAUCCGGAGGGAGGACUGUUUUCAGGCUCGUCAACAGCACCUGCUGGCCCAAGGACCUGACGCCGGACGCGGUCAUGGGCGCGCUAGUCGUCUGCCUCCGCGGCGGAGGCGGCGGCGGCGGCAGGUCGGCGCAGAAAGCCGGUGCAGCCGGGAUCGUCCUGGCCGAAAGAGACUCUCGGCUCUGGGAGGGUCUCGUCGCGUCCACGUUCCAGAUUCCGGGCCUCGUCCUCAGCCGCGACGGGUGGGACGUCCUUAGGACGUACAUCUCCUCGUCCACGUACCCGGUGGCUAGCAUCUUGCUGGAGUGCGAGACUGUGACCGGGAGGUACAGCGCGCCCUUGGUCGCCGCCUUCUCCUCCCGCGGCCCAAACGCGCUGGCUCCUGCCCUGCUGAAGCCUGACAUCGUGGCGCCCGGAGUUAAUAUACUGGCGGCGUGGUCGGGCGAGGAUGAGUACGCCAUAAUCUCCGGCACCUCCAUGGCGUGCCCGCAGGUCGCCGGCGUGGCGGCCCUGAUCAUGAAGCAGCACAGCGACUGGACGCCAGCCAUGGUACGCUCGGCGUUGAUGACCACCGCGAAGAACGUCAACAACGUGGGGACUGCCAUCGUCGACAACGGAUCCCUCGACGACGACGACGACGGCGCCGCGACGCCGCUCGCGGUAGGGGCAGGCCUUGUCCUUCCUCAGGGCGCCAUCCACCCUGGCCUUGUGUACGACGCCGGCACGCACGACUACGUGGACUUCCUCUGCACCCUCAACUACACGGCGGAGCAGAUGCGGCGGUUCGUCCCAGAACUCACCAGCUGCAGCAGCAGGACUCUCCCCGCCGGCGUCGGAAACCUAAACUACCCCUCCUUCGUCGUCGUCUUCGACAGCCACACUCGCGUCCGCACGCUGACAAGGACGGUGACCAAGGUUUCUGAGCAGCUGACCGAGACGUACAACGUGACGGUCGUGGCGCCGGACGGUGUCAAGAUGAGCGUGACGCCGGCGACGCUCGAGUUCAAGAACAAGAACCAGCAGAGGAGCUACACGGUGGAGUUCGUGAACCAAGUGGUGAAGCCGGCGGGGGCUUGGGAAUUCGGUAAGAUCAUGUGGGAAAGUGACAAGCACAUCGUGGUCAGUCCGGUUGCAUUCACCUGGAACUGA